UAAAAGAACGUUCUUUGUGUCACAAAAAAAAAGUGAAACACAUGGAUUAUAACCCCGAAACACUUCAUAAAAUUCCAAAUAAUAAAAAUACUUCCUUACAAUCAUCAGAAAUAAAUGUUCAAAUAUCAUCUUUAAAUCAAUCUCCUGAGUGCAGAAGUGGUAUGCAUUUGCCGUUACCACUUACAAAUCUACAUGUGCUACCGCACACUUACCUUAAAGGUAAUCCAAAUUUACCUGCAUUCGAGUAUAUAUCAGGAACAAAUUUGCCAUCAAUUGGGUCUGAAUUUCCCUUAUUAGAAUUAAGUCAAGUCGGUAUGCUUUCUGCGUUCAUACACCGACGUCCACGUGGAGAGAAACGUCCCAUACCAGAUGAACAAAAGGAUGAAAAAUAUUAUGAACGACGGAAACGAAAUAAUGAAGCUGCUAAGAAAUCCCGUGAUGCGAGAAAAAUACGUGAAGACAGAAUUGCAUUUAGAGCAGCUUUGCUGGAACAAGAAAAUUCUAUUUUGAGAGCGCAAGUGGUUGCUCUAAGAGAUGAACUUCAAGCACUUCGUCAAUUUAUCGGCACAACGACAACAAGCAUAAUUAAUAGAACCUCUGCUUAA